CUCACAGCGUCCAGCGGACCAAUAGACGGGCAGCCCAGCCGCGCUCGCAGGCAACGCGAUCGCGCAGCGAAGAAACGGAUCCCCAGCCGUCGUACCGCGGCGCUCCGAACCGCUCCCGGGCAGCCAGCGACGAUGCUAAAGCUCCUCCUCCUCCUCGCGACAGCAUGGGCGCAGAUGACCAUCAACCGCGUGCCUAUUGGGAAUGCACAAAGACGCAGCGGCGCCGGUUCCCUAGUACUGGAAGUCCAGGGCGUGGGCAACCUUACCGUGCCGGCGAACGAAGAUCCCGCGACGGCCGUCGAGCGCUUCGCGGCGAGAGCCACGGAGGCGGGUUUCCGGAUGAACAACGUGACCAUGCUGAACAUGAUGGAGUGGCUCUGCGAGAGAAGGCAGUGCACGCGACCUUUGACCGGUCCGGUCAUGCUCGAAGUGACGGGAGCGGGAAAUUUAACGGUCCUGAUGCACGAAGAACCGGCGGCCAAAGUCGAGGAGUUCGCGGCCAUGGCCGUGGCGAACGGCAUCCCGUUCAACGUCGAGACGAUGCGGAGUAUGCUCAAAAGUCUAUGUAAUUCUCGCUCUUGUUUUAGGGAUAUUGCCGGUCCUCUCACACUCAAUGUGACAGAUGUGGGGGAAUUUACGGUGCUGCCCUGGGAGGAGCCGGCUGAUAGAGUGGAAUAUUUCUCAGGAUUGGUUGUCGAGGCUGGUUUAGGCAUGACCCGUCAAAGCGCUCAACAGAUGCUCGAGUGGUUCUGUCAGCGACGCGUCUGUCGGAGGGGUCUGACGAGGCCGUUGACUUUAUCAAUAGGAGAAGUGGGCAACGUGACGGUGCGACCCUUCGAGGAGCCCGCUUAUGUGAUUGAACGAUUCUCGUCCGCCGCGACGGCUGCCGGUUUACAAAUGAACGUCGAGACGAUGCUCGCGGCCUUGGAGUGGUUCUGUGCCCGACGAUCGUGCCACCGACCGAUCACGGGGCCCCACCGCUUGGUCGUGAAUGGGGUGGGCAAUAUUACGGUGCGGCCCUUCCAGGACCCGGCGGCCGUCGUCGAGCGGUUCUCGGCGCAAGCGUCGGAGAUGGGCUAUGGGAUUACCGCAGAUGCUAUGCUCCAGAUGCUCUCGUACUUCUGCGAGAGGAGGUCCUGCCAUCGGCGAUUGACGGGGCCCUGGACUUUGCAGUUGGAUGUCGCCAACGUGACGGUGCGACCCUUCGAAGAGCCGGCGGCCAUCGUCGAGGUGUUUGGAGCGAAGGCCCAGCAGGCGGGCUUGGAAGUCGACGAGGAGAUGCUCCAACAAAUAUUAAACUUCUUCUGCGAGCGGCGGUCGUGUCAUCGACCUUUGAAUCCAGCAUUGGAGAUCAACGUGCCCGAUCUCGGUACAUUGAAAGUCGCGCCGCACGAGGACCCCGCCGACGCCGUGGAACAGUUCGCUUUGGUAGCGAUGCAGAAGGGCCUGGACAUGACUGGUAAACAGAUGGUCGAGAUGUUGACACUGAUCUGCGAGCAGCGCGUCUGUCGCAGAUUGGGCGUGCGGCCGCCGUCGGAGCUGAACCAGACUUCCACUGAGUCUCUGAUGCCGCCCGAGGCGGAGGCGGCCGUCCCGGAGGCGCCCCUCCCCGCCGCCGAGACGAGCACUACCGAGUAACUAGACCUCCCUUCUGCUCAAGUUCCUGCUCGACGGCGUACCCGGGGAGGUUGCCUUUAGAAAUAGGAA